CCAGGUAGACACGUCUGCAUGUAAAGUUCGCGAGAGAAAGAGAUAUGAAGAGGGUGGGUGGAAGGAUGGGUGGUGGGGAGAGGCCUAGGCCCAGGGGCUUACGCCAAGCUAGUACAGGACAUGUGCACCCUGCUUUUAAAUCCGUUAAAAUGGAUUUGUAGAAGGUAAAAUUAAGGAAAACGUCACACUAUAAUCAAAAUAAGAAACAAAAAUAAUACAUAGCUAGACAGAACCCAGUUGUUAUAUAGCUAUUGUAUUUAUAGGUGUUAUCUAUUGUCACCUUAUUUGCUUGACAAUGACAUUAUUUGGAAUGUAAGAUGGCUCGCAAGAUCAGUUCUUGAUCACACUGUGGAGACAACAUUAUGAAUGUUUGGUUUAGACAGCCUGUGUUGUGUUGUUGUCGUUGUAUGCCAACAAACCGUACUAGUCUGUCCACAUAAACAAUUACAUAGCUUUGCCUAAACAUUGACAAUCUGCACACUAACCAUCUGGUCAUAAAAGUGUAACAUUUUUCUAAUCAGAAACAUAUCCCGCCAUUGUGCAAGGAAUUGCCACAAUUUAUCAUCCAUGACUCAUUAGAGAUUUUCCCGCUGAGAGAAACUUGUGACGAGAUGGUGGAUGUGAUUGGGCGUCGGGUGUGUCUGUAGGCUGUGCACCCCAGAAUCGCCAUAUCGCCCACCCGUACUCCAUCGUCUGCUUUUACAGGCCACGUGUCUUCGUCCGUUAUUACCGUUCAUUGACUUCUCCAUACCAGGCCUUCCUUACCUACAGCCAGUCACAACAUUUAGUUCAGCUCAGCAUCCGGAUAUCUGGUCAGGACUUCUACAUCCAGAGGAGACUUUCACCUUCCCCGACCCGGUCAAAGGAGAAAUCACCACACAAAUGAAGAAUACAUAGUGCUAAUAUGUGAAGCUGCUGCAUUCAAAGGUUUCAUGAGAAGACGUGGAUGAAGUGUUGUGGAGGUGCUGGUGUUCAGCAGAGGGCACAGACAAUCGCUGUCAUGUUUUAGCGAGAACACUGGCUACAGACACUGCCUCCCACUGAUGUGAUGCUAUUAAAGGGAGACCACUGUCAGCAAUGUCCAGUCAACCGCCAUCUGCUACACAACAGGUAGUGAACUUAGCAGAAGCCCAGGCGUUGUGGCGGCAAUGGGUUGAGGCUGAGAUUCCUGACCUCGAGUCUCGCGCCUACUUCCUGCCUCCUGUCUACGUCAACCGAGUGCCCAUGACAAGACAGUCGGUAGCUGGUCAGGAUGUUCUGGUCCUUGGGUCAGCACCUGGACAGGCUGGUCAGUCUAACAAACAGGCAAUGGCUUCAUCAUCUGCUGCUCAGGCUCUCGGUCAUCAGCCUCCUCGAGUUCAGGACAGUGAUGUCAGAGACGAUGCCGCCUUGGAGCUGGUCCUCAAGUGUCUGCAGAAAAUAUCUGAACAAAAUAAAGAAGUUUUGGUAGGAUUAAGUCAGCUGAAGUACGAACAAUGUUUAGGUGAACCUUGUUACUCAUCCGUGGCUGCCCAGCUACCCGUAGCCGACAGUCUUCCGUCAUCAUUUCCAAGAAAUUGGAAACAAGGAGACUUUGAUGUGCUUCUUAUUCACCGACAUUACGGGUUUGUCGUCUGUGAAGUGAAAGCCUUUGGUGACAAUAUACAUGAACUUAGCAUGCCACAGCAGGAUAUAGACAACAACAUUAGAAAGAAACUAAAACAGGCCGUGUCACAGCUGGACAAGGCGGAGGCCAUGUUGUCUCACCUGGUGUCCGACAUCGCUCCCGGUCUGCGCAUCACUAAGACUAUCGCUUUCCCCAACCUCACGGCUCGUCAACUUCAACAGGCCAUCUCCGGCGACACCAAAUUGUCUCAAAGCCUGUGUCGGUGUCUGGGAACAUCAGACCCCGUCGACAUCAUUGGUCUGUGUCUGUGCUCUGAUCAGUUGUCUGACCCCAAGACAUCGUGUGACGUCAGUAGUCACGUGCUGAGCGAACUCGGACACUGGUGGCAGCGACGUGUGGCUGGGGCUGGACCUGACUCUCACAUGACUUUUGACCUGUACAAGACUUUGGUUGCCCGGUAAGUAGUAGAAGUGUAGGGGGAUGUGAUAACACAAGUGUUACUAUUCUUUGUUUAAAUAGCUGUUGUAGUGAAAACACGUAUUAUGAUGAGAUGACGCUGGUCAUUUUACUUUUCAACUGCUAACCACUCACCGCCUACUUCACUGUCUGCCUUGGGAAAUGCUAUCAAGCAAGUACAAUUGAUAGAACAGCACAUACACCACCAGCACGAUUUGUUAUAAAAACACACAUGACUGUGACAGGACUGACAGUCGGACAUGAGUGUUGUAGAAACACUCUGGGCGGAUACCUGCGGUAACCAGAGCAGUGUCUUAAUUUCUAACCCUGUACUAAAUGAGUAAAUAGAUAAGGGAGGCAACACUGGAAUCUUUAGGACUUGUUUCUCCGUUGAUUACUUCCCAUUACAGCCUGAAAAGUUCAACCAAUUAGGUAUUUUCUCUUGUGCUCCUUGGUUGCCUCAGUUGUUGAAUGUUUUCUUGGUGAACAUCUUGUGAUAAGCACUUCCUGAUCAUUACUCCCCGUCUCCUGACAUCAUUUACAAUCAUACCUUUGACAUAAAUAUCAUCUGAUGGCUGAGAGCCAGAGAUAAUCAGUCGUCCCGUGACCUAGGGUUGGGGGGAUGAAAAGGAUAGACUAGCAGCUGACAGGGCCGCUGGGCCGCGCAUGUCUAUUGUGGGAGAUGGUCUGCAGGUCCUGUACAGAAUGACCAGUCUAGUAUUUGACUGUCGUAAGUCAGUUCUUCUUCUGACCACCGCGGCGUCUACCACCUUCCAAGGUACCUUAAAGGACAGCGUUUCGUACUGGAUCACGUGACCAAAGACCAGCUUACGAUGCUAGACCGUUGAAGCCACAGUAAACUGGUAAAAAAAAAAGGGUUAAAGCAGCAUUGGUGGAAUGGGAUAGGCGCUACAAUAUCUAUCUUUCUAGAAAUAGCUAUGUAUAUCCCACAGGCCUAAAAGGUGAGCCGUGUGAGCUGCUCUUCCCUCUCCUUGCUUAUUUUACCUCUCGUAAAUAAAGAUUUGUCAUUGUCUCCUUUACAACGACCAUGCUAGUUGUCAUCAACUUACACAAAUCAACGGAUGGGUGAAAUAACGAAAGGACAGUCCUCUAAUUGAAGAUCUUGCUAGGUGCUUCGUCUCAGUCAAGAUAUUGUUUAACUAUUAUAUAUCAGAAAUAUUAAAUUUAAAGGUGUUUAUUUCAUUAUACUUCUUUAUAUUCAU